ACGGCUAUUACUUCCGGGGCAGCUCACUGCAGGGGCCCGGGUCGUGGCGUUCGGCUUUCUCGGGUCCUGUUAAGCUAUGCUUUCACCGGCCAUGAGCUUCCUCAAAAGCUUCCUGCCGCCUGGGUCGGCUGACGGGCUCCGGCUGCAGCAGCCAGACACCGAGGCUGUGCUGAACGGGAAGGGGCUCGGCACCGGCACCCUGUACAUUGCGGAGAGCCGCCUGUCUUGGUUAGAUGGUUCUGGAUUAGGAUUCUCACUGGAAUACCCCACCAUUAGUUUACAUGCGGUUUCCAGGGACCCAAAUGCUUAUCCUCAAGAGCAUUUGUAUGUUAUGGUGAAUGCCAAAUUUGGAGAGGAAUCAAAAGAAUCUCCCUCUGAUGAAGAUGAAGAAGACAGUGAUGAUGAUGCUGAACCCAUUACUGAAUUUAGAUUUGUGCCCAGUGAUAAGUCAGCAUUGGAGGCGAUGUUCACUGCAAUGUGUGAGUGCCAGGCCUUGCACCCGGACCCUGAGGAUGAAGACUCAGAUGACUAUGAUGGGGAAGAGUAUGACGUGGAAGCACAUGAACAAGGACAAGGGGACAUCCCUACAUUUUAUACCUAUGAAGAAGGACUAUCCCAUUUAACAGCAGAAGGGCAAGCCACUUUGGAGAGAUUAGAAGGAAUGCUUUCUCAGUCUGUGAGCAGCCAAUAUAACAUGGCAGGAGUCCGAACAGAAGAUUCAGUAAGAGAUUAUGAAGAUGGCAUGGAGGUAGAUACCACACCAACGGUUGCUGGACAGUUUGAGGAUGCAGAUGUUGAUCACUGAAGACGGUUUAUGCUGCUAUACAAUUCUGCUUAUAACUGUAGGCAAGAACUUGGUGCCUCUUCCACUCUAGAGUGCGGCUGGUGAAAGGCUUUUUCCUUAUCCAAAACUCAUCUCUCAAGACGAACUAUAAUGAGACAGCAAGCUGUCACCAGCAGAGGAGACUGACCUUUAUUAACAAAGGUGAAUUAACUGAGCGGGUAUUUGUAGUUUCUUAUUUACCCCCAAACUUCCUUCGUCUAGGUAUCUUCUGCGUGGCCUCUACUUCCUGCCUUUGCGAUGUGCACAUCUGUCAGCUGGAAGGCCUGUGUGGUGAAAUGUACAGCGCUUACACCAUGUAUAGACUGGUUGAGAAAGCUUAUAUGUCUCUCUGGGACUUAGAAGAACUCUCUUACCCCUGAGACAAAAAAAUAAAGGCUUCAGAGGGAGCAGACUCUAGCAUUUUCCACAGAGGCAUGGGUCCUUUACCUGGGGCUCAGGAUAAUUCAGGCUGACUCUGGGUCACCCCUGGGGAAAAUCUCAGCCAUACCUCACCAUGACGUAAUACUUCUGUGCUAGCUUCAGUUCCUCCUCAUUUCCCGUCUGCUCUGUUACACUCUCCUAGGUUAGGUCCACCUCUUACAUUAGCUUUCUGUCACAGGAUAAAUAAUCUGUAAUGAAAUCUGCAGAGUACUUAAUGAUGUUUUGUCUUUGUACUAGUUAAAUAAAUCUAGGUUUUCUAUA